AUGGGCUCAGAACUGCUGCACUGCACAAACCGCUCUGAUGAAUGGUUUCUGCGGAAGAGGCCGCAACAACAUUCUCACCUCUCCCUCACCCUCCCCUCCCUUCCCUCCCUUCCCUUCCCUCUCACCUCCCUCUCACCUCCCUCUCACCCUCCCCUCCCUUCCCUCCCUUCCCUCUCACCUCCCUCUCACCUCCCUCUCACCCUCCCCACUCUUCCCUCUCACCUCCCUCCCCCCGUCCCCCUCCUCCCUCUCACCUCCUGCUCCUAA